CUCUGUUCCUCCUUCGCCGACCCAGAAAAAAAGGGAAAUCCCCACCACUAGCGAGAAUUUCGUAAGUUAAAAAAAAAAGCCCCAUUUUACCACAAAAAUUUAUCUCCCCCCUAUAAACAAACAAACAUCACAAGAUUUUUAUAAAUCCUAAUUAAUUCCUUCUUAUACUGAUUUGUUUGAACAUUCCAAUUAGCAAUUAUUUUGAAGUUAGACCAAUUGCAUCUCAUUAUAAUUGACAUUUUCUAUUCAACAUCCUUAUAGAGUCCAUAUUAGAAUUCAUUAGAUCAUACUUUAAAUUUCAUUACAAUGUCUAAAGAAUCUGCCUACGUAACCCUUUUAACCAACGAAUCCUAUUUACCAGGAGCGUUGACUUUAGCCAAAAAAUUAAAGACUGAUUUAAAAACAGUUCAUAAAUUAAUUGUUCUUUUAGAUAAAUCUGCUUUAUCUGAUCAUUCUAUCGAAUUAAUUGAACAAGUUUAUGAUGAAAUCAUUCCAAUUGAUGAUAAAUUGAUUAAUGCUCCAUUAGCAAAAGUAGUUGAUCAAUUAGGUAGAGAAGAAUUAUCAAUUACUUUUUCUAAGCUUUUAUUAUGGAAUCAACAUAACUAUGAUACUUUAAUUUAUCUUGAUAGUGAUACUUUACCUUUAAAAUCAUUAGAUGGAUUAUUUGAAAAAUAUAAAGAUUUGAAAUCAACUCAAAUUGUUGCAAGUCCUGAUUCUGGUUGGCCAGAUAUUUUCAACUCUGGAGUUUUAAUCUUAAAGCCUGAUCCUGAAGUCUUUGAUAAAUUAAUUGAAUUUUCUGCAACUGAUAAUAGUACUUUUGAUGGAGCUGAUCAAGGUUUAUUAAAUGAAUUCUUUAAUAUAUCCUCUUCAGGUUCUAAUUGGUUAAGAUUACCUUAUUUAUUUAAUGUUACUCCAAAUUAUACUAAUGCUUAUCAAUAUUAUCCUGCUUUAUUAAGAUUUUUUGAUCAAAUUCAUUUAUUACAUUUUAUUGGGAAAUUUAAACCUUGGCAUGCUGAAGAUAUCUUAAGUUCUGACUUAAAUAAUUUCCAUAAUUUUUGGUGGGCUGAUUUCAAUAAAUUCUAUACUACUGAUAUUAAAUCAAAAUUAUUGAGUCUUCCAAAAGGUGAAGCAUAUAAUUUGAAAUUUGGUAAAUAUACAAAUGCAUGGGAUUCAGGUAUUAAUCCAGACUUCAUUAGUGCUUUACCACCUUCUUAUUCUCAGAAUCCUCCUAUUUUCCCGUGGGAACAUAAAGAAGAAAGACAACCAACUAGAGUCUUUGAUGAUCCUCCUUCAUCUGAAAUUGAUGAUUCUACUCCAGUGGAUAAAGUAGAUGCAAAGUCAAAAUCUGAAAUUGAAACGUUAUCUUCGAGUUUAUCAUCUCUGAAGAUUUCAACAAAGAGUCCUCCAUUAUCUAAAAGUUAUGGUUUUGAUAAAACCUCUGAUAAGAAGUUUAAUCCAGAUAAGUCAUUAGAAGAGGUUGCAAAACUCCCUCUCAAAUUCUUGACUAAGCAUAAGCAAAAGAAAGAUGAUAAUUAAUUUGAUUUUUUUUUGAUACUUGAGUCAUGUUACUUAUUACCCUGCUAUAAUAAUAAUUCUUAUUCUGCAUAGAUCUAUAUAAUAUGUAUUUAUUCUUAUUUUGUUCGCUAAUUUAUAAUUGUUUAUUGUUAUACUUUUAAUUUUAAUUGUGUUUAAUAUAUAUUUUAAUAACUUGUUC